CGUGGUCAGAUGCAAUCAAAUGUGUCUGUAGCGUGAGAGGUUAUGUCAUCUGAUCGCGUGUAACUAAAUUUCUCGUUAUAUGCGAACAGCUUAUGGAAUUUUUGUGUAUUCUACAGAAAUAUAGUAAAUUUUGGUAAUAUGACGAUCAGGACGCUUUUAUUUUUGGGCGACUCGGCAAAUAAAUGUUUCUUUACAACUGUGCGAUGCUGCAGAUCCAAGUUGCAGACAUCACAAUACAGACAAGCAAGAAAUCUAAGAUUUCGAGUAAAGCAAUCGGAAGAGUCUGCUCCUAACAUUCAGCUUGAACAUGGAGUCAUACAGCCGUCAAGACUGUGGAAGCACCUUGGUUUCACUGUCAUGGUAAGUGGAGCCUCUAUAGCAGGUGCUGCAAUUUGGGAGUACGAGCGCAUCAGGGCACAGACGUACAACAUAAUCUACCGCUACAGGCAGACUCGAGUUAACCGAACAGGAUUGAGGGGCAAAGUAGAGACAUGGUGGAGAAACCUGUCGGAAAGCCAGAGAGUAUUCCUGCCUAUACUUUUUAUAAACGCAGUUGUAUACCUGGCCUGGCGAGUGCCGGCGCUGCAGAAGACGAUGCUGCGCUAUUUUUCUACUUCUCCGAGUACCAGCUCGUCGUGUUUGUCCAUGGUACUGUCCAUUUUUUCACAUUACUCCAUACUCCAUCUGGCCGCGAACAUGUUCGUGCUGAAUAGCUUCAGCUCGAUAGCAGUGUCGUCAUUGGGAAAGGAACAGUUUCUGGCACUGUAUCUAUCCAGCGGAGUGAUAUCCACUUUUACUAGCCACCUGUACAAAACUAUGAUGAGAGCGCCGAACGUUUCCCUAGGAGCGUCGGGAGCGAUCAUGGGUAUUUUUGGAUUCGUCUGUACGCAGUACCCGGACUUAAACAUCAACAUCAUUUUCCUUCCCAUGUUCCCGUUUACAGCGGGUAUCGCGAUUAAAUCGAUAAUGGCGAUCGAUGUUACCGGCUGCCUCUUACGUUGGAGGUAUUUAGAUCAUGCUGCGCAUCUGGGUGGUGCAUUAUUCGGAAUAUUCUGGUAUGCUUGGGGAAAUGCUCAUAUCUGGCAGAAACGGGAACCGCUUCUGAAUUUCUGGCAUAAAUUUCGAAAGUCACAAUGAUAUUCCCCGUAUCUUAAUUUAGAUUUAUAUUUAUAUUUAUUAUACUGUUCACUUCUUUCGCGCGAUAUUCUGAUUGCAUAAACUGUAAAGUUUGUACAAUUGUGCGGGAGCACAAUCGUCGAGAAAUAUGACAAUUCCAAAACACGCAAUACAUAUUUCUGUUAUAUCAUACAAACUCCUUUUUUCGCUACUGGAACGAAAUCAAGAAUGUAAACGUAAGCAUAACGUCGUCUAUGGGAUACCCCAUUGUUCCCAUCGAAAAAUCCGUUUCGGUUUUCUCCUCAUUUUAAUAUACUAUGUAUAUCAUCUCGUUUAUAUAGAAUAAAGUAAAUCUUUUAAAAACC